CAAGCUGCCAUCAUCGACCCAUUUGAAAGCGCUUUCGUCAAAGACUCCAGACCAAUUGACGCCCGGAACGACGCAGCGAUGUCAGCUCUUCCGGCCUUUGUGCUCGCCGACGAGCUGCUCGCGGUUCGGGAUGCUGAGUACACGGUGGCAGGGGAGCACGACCUCAGCACUGCCCAAAGCGGAGAGGUCGCCACGCUCUUGACAUCCACAAUCGACGCGCUAAGCAACGUCUCAUCUAUAGAGAAUGAUGACACUUUCUCUCAACUCCUAUCUUUGGUCAAACACUAUGCCGUCCUGGCUGGCAAUCAGCGCUUGACCCUGCUAGAUGGUCUUUCAGCGGCGUACAAUUCAGCCAUCGAUGGUGCCACAGCUUCGCUAUCAGAGGGCACUGAUGCGUACCGCGCUUGGGCAUCUCCGCUUGAGCGACUUGCCUUUGCUAUGCAUUGGGUCAUCGUGACAGCUGAGCGAGCUGCAUCCACCAGGGAGGAACGCGCAGCAGCGCCACCGCCUAAAGGUGUAAGAAGAGGUGGGCGUGGUGGAGCCAAAGCAGCGACUACAGCCCGGCUCGCAGCCGCAGCACCUCAACACUCUGGCGCAGUCGAUCUGACAGGCUACGACUGGUCCGGCGUCCUUCCAGGCUUGCUCAAUGUCCUUCUGCGAAGCUUGAGGCUGAGCACUGCCCUGCUCUUUCCCGCCACGGCUACGCGAGAUGCCUUUGUGUCGUGCAGCCUGAAACCAGCACUCAUGCUGCAAGAGACCGAGUCGCACCUCAAGCUUGUCGCGGUCAAGACAGGCAUCUUCCGCAUCAUCUGCACUAGCGUCAAGAACCACGCGCAGGCAUUCGCAGUUCAAAGCGGCCUCAUUCAGGCAUUGGCGUACUACGAGCACCUGGCUGAGCCGAGCGCCGAAUUGCUCUUCAUGCUGGCUUCCGAGUAUGACCACGAGCGCCUGGCCGACGAUGUCCUCAGAGAUGUAGGUGCACGGGAGUUCGGCGGAAUGGACACGAAGAGUCCGCGCUGCUUUGCUCGCUUCUUGAUCAGGCUCACGGAGCUGGCGCCCAGGAUGAUGCUGCGCAAUAUCAGUCUUCUGAUGAAACACCUGGACAGCGAGUCGUAUCCCAUGCGCAAUUCGCUCAUCGAGAUCCUUGGCCUUAUGAUCAAGGAGUUGACAAUGACGGACGACGCUUUGCCAUCAGGAGACCAAGCUGGCAGAGGUGACGGCAGCUCGCACGACACUGCGGCUUCUGGCACGGGCGGUAAUGAAGGCAACGCUGAUGCUCAGCGCGGCAGUGCUGAGGCCCGUAAGAAGCAGGUCAAGCACUUUUGGGAGCUCCUCUUUGAGCGCUUUCUCGAUGUCAACUCAUACGUGCGAGUCAAGGCGGUGGCUGUCUGCGUCAAGCUUUGCGACCUGCCUGCCAAAUUUCCAUCUCAGAGAACCACACUUACAGACUUGGCUUCACAAGCCCUAUGCGACAAGAGCUCAAGUGUCCGCAAGGGGGCAAUAGCCCUGCUCACACGACUUGUCCUCACACAUCCUUACGGCGUUCUCCACGGAGGCGAGCUAGACUACGCGGAAUGGCAAGCGCGCUUGACUGGCGUCGACGCGCAAUUGAAGCAAUUCGAGGCCAAGCUGAACUUGCCUGCCGAUAAUGAUGAGGAAGAGGAGGAAGAGGAAGAGCUUGACGAGGAGGAAGCGAUCGAGGAAGAGGCGAGCAUCAUCAUGGCCACUCCUCGAAGGCGUGCCGAGCGACGAACCAAGAAGCGUCGUUCCUCCACCGGCGGACAGGGAGCACUGGACGUCGCAGCGGCUGGACUUAGCGCUGAAGACGCUCAAAGGGUCAUUACUCUACGACUGACCAGGCGCUACUACGUCGAUGCAUUGCAUUUCAUACAUCAGCUCAGUGGUGCCAUGCCCUUGCUCAGCCAGCUUCUGGUCAGCAAGUCGAAGGCUGAAGUACUCGAGAGCAUGGAGUUCUUUAGGGUCGCGUAUGAGUACCGCAUUCCAGGCGCCGACGCAGGUGUUCGCAAGAUGGUCCACCUGAUCUGGACCAAAGACAAUACCCUGACCGCUGCAUCAGCCCUGGGCGAAGAUGGCGACGGCAGCCAGCUCAAGGGUAUUCGCAGCCGUCUGCUGGAAGUGUACCGCGCGCUGUACUUCGAUCCACUGCCCGAUCUGUCAGGAAGAGACAAUGUGGCACGCAUUGCGCGCAACAUGGUGGAGCGCACCUUCAACGCCACCCUCGCUGAGCUCACGAGUUUGGAAGAGCUCCUCCGCACAAUGUGUGCUGAAGACAUGGUCCACCCGGAGGUUGUCGCCAAGCUUUGGGGCGUGUACAGUGCUCCCCGAGCCAUGCCUCGUGCACAGAGACGCGGCGCGAUCAUUGUGCUUUCAAUGCUGGCUGUCGCUCAUCGCGAGAUCGUGGCCGACCAUGUCGAUGCGAUGCUGAGCGUUGGCCUAGGACCCUUGGGCUCUAAAGACAUCGUCUUAGCCAAGUACACCUGCGUAGCACUCAGUCGUGUUGGAGGAAGCAUCAAGAAGAUCAAAGGCGCUCUGUCUGAUGAGCAGGUCCGCUUUCCGAUGAGCCAUCCCAUGUUUGCCAAGCUUCGCGCUGCUGUCAUGUGGCAGGCUCCGUCCAGCAAUGUCGCUGUGGCUGCUGCUGUCGACAAGGGCGAGUGGUUCAGCUUGGCAGAGAAUGCGAUUCAGACGAUCUAUCUGUUGGGCGAACAGCCGGAUGCACUCUGCUCAGAGAUCAUUCGAAGCAUGACGCUUAGGGUAUUUGGACCUCAUGGACCUGCCUUGAAACAAGCUGGAGAUGACGCUUCCGACGAUGGCACAACUUUCGACACGGGCUCAGACGCAGAUGAUGUGACCGUACGCGAAGGCACGCCGAAGCCGGACAAACAGACGGCCAAACAGUCAAGAGGAUCUCUGGCACCUGCUUUCUCGCUAGCACAGCUUCUGUUCAUCGUUGGUCACGUGGCGCUCAAGCAAAUCGUCUACAUCGAGCUCAUCGAGCGAGAGUACAAGCGCCGCAAGGCGGAGGCAGAUAAGGCCAAGCUGGCGGCCCGCGAUGCAAACGCGGGCGAGGAUGAAACAGCUGGUGGCAAAGCCAAGAAGGGCCGUUCCAAGAAAGGAGGCAAGGCGGAUGCGCCUAGCUCCGAUGCGCCGACGACCGAUGAAUUGGACCAGGUUGCUGGCAACGCCGAAGACGAGAUCGGGGACGUCGUCGGAGAAGUCAGAGAAAAGGAGCUCCUCUUUGGCCACAAUAGUCUGCUGGCUUUGUUCGGACCUGUGUGCGGUCAAAUCUGCAGCGCGCCAAAAGCUUACCCGAACGAGUACCUGCGAAAAGCGGCAGUCAUGUCUAUGUGCAAGUUCAUGUGUGUCUCUUCCGAGUACUGCGAGGCGCAUCUGCCUCUGCUCCUGUCCAUCGUCGCCAGCUCCACCGAUGCAGUCGUGAGGUCCAACGUCGUCAUUGCUCUAGGAGACAUUGCCAUCUCCUUUGGGCACCUGGUAGACGAAAACUCUGAGCGCUUGUACGCAGGCUUGUCCGACCGAGAUCUUGGCGUGAAGAAGCACACCCUCAUGGUCCUCACCCAUCUGAUCUUGAACGGAAUGAUCAAGGUCAAGGGUCAGCUCGGCGAGAUGGCCAAAUGCAUCGAGGACCCAGAGGAGCGUGUCUCAGACCUUGCAAAGCUUUUCUUCUCCGAGCUAGCUACCAAGGAGAACGCGGUCUACAACAAUUUGCCGGACAUCAUCAGUCACCUUUCGAUUGGUGCUCACGCCGUAGAUGAAGACAAAUUUGCCCGCAUCAUGGGCUACAUCUUCCAAUUCAUCGACAAGGAGAAGCAGGCCGAGAAUGUCGUUGAGAAAUUGUGUCAGAGGUUCCGAUUGACUACCGAGCCGCGGCAGUGGAGAGACGUAGCCUACUGCUUGUCCCUGCUUCCUUUCAAAAGCGACAGGUCCGUCAAACGCCUCAUCGAAGGCCUGCCCUUUUACCAAGACAAGCUGCACGAUGUUGGCGUGUACAACUCUUUCCAAGCCAUCGUGCAAUCCAUCAAAGGCCGAGGCCGCGUGCCAGGUGCUGCAGCUGCCAUGUCAGGCUCUGAAGGGGAUCUGGCGGAAUUCGAAGCAAUACUUGAGCAAUACAAAGCCAAGGCAGAAGAAGAGACUGCACUCGCUGCUGCAGCCGCCAGGAAGAAGAGCCGCAAGAAGGGUGAGAAUGCUUUCAAGAAGCCCACAAUGCCGAAGAAUGCAGCUGCUCUCGCUACUCACAGGUCUCGGAAGCGUGGCAAUUCCAACGACGACGACCAAGAUGAUCAGGACGAGGAUGAUGAGAACGUGACUCCUACGAAACCUGCCAAGGCACCACAGCGGCAGACCAGGCCAACACGUGGCCGGGCUCGAAAAGUCGUCGCUGAAAGCGACGACGAGGACGACGAUGAUGCGAACGAUAGUGACUACUGAAAACGCCGCAGAAUUGUUUCAUUUCCUCGUUCCCGUGGCUGUAUGUACAAGUGAUUCUUUCGAUGAUGUCCUGUGCCCAUCCUUCCUCAUGAUUUGAGACGGUCUACCAAGACUCUGGAUGGAGCUUGAACCUCGCUCGAGAUCCAAGCAGAGGAACGGAGCGGCGCGCGUUCUGAUCUGGUCAUGCGCCGCUCCCUCCUGCCACAUUGCUGGUAAAGAAGCGAUCAUUCCAUUUAGCCCCUUUGAAGGGCUCGUCGGUGCAACGUAUUGAGCAGCCAGCCAGAGCAUCUUCGGACUGGUGUU